UCUCACAUUUGACUCCUACACAUCCUACAAAGCACCUACAUUUAACUUUGUAUAAAGAUGUAGACUAAACCUCAUAUUGAACUGACGGAAUGGACCCAACAGAACAGAACUGUGACUCUGUGACAACAUAAUGAUGGAACAGAAUUAUGUCACAAGGAGGUCAGUUUUCUACAGACCUCAGCUUCAACUUUUUGUCAUUUCAACUCAGUUCGCUGGCUGAAUAACCUCAAACAAACUUCUGAACAACCUCCAAACGACUUCAAAACUUUUGGUCUUGUUACGACAACUUUUCAGUAGAAAUCAUCCUGAAACAUCUUUGACAUCACAUCCGUCAAAGUCUGGUGUGAUACAUCAACCCCAGAACUCAUACGUCUCAAAGACUGACAGCAUGGUCCUUCCGGUGCCUGUUGGGGGCAGGAUCUCAUCCUCAUCCACACAUUAUGAGGUUCAGGCUCUCCUUGGGAGCGGCUCCUUUGGAGACGUAGCACGGUGUAAAAUCGUAGACACCAAUAAAACAGUGGCUUUAAAAGUCCAGCAAAUGUGGGCACCCCUUGUGUUGGCAGAGGAUGAGCUGGCCACCCUUAAAACCAUGAAAGAGCUUGGCUCUGACAAAUAUAACAUUGUCAGAUGGAAUGAGGCUUUCACCUUCUUUGGACUAAUCUGUCUGGAGUUUGAAAUAUUGGACAUUAGUCUCCGGGAUUUUCUGAAUAAGAGAAGGUAUCGACCUCUUGGUUUGAUGGAGAUCCGUCCAAUCAUCCAGCAGUUGGCGACAGCUCUGGACUUUUUGAAGGGUGCAGGGAUCGUCCACGCUGACCUGAAACCCAGUAAUAUAAUGAUGGUGGAGCAUGAGCAGCAGCCUCUGAAAAUCAAAGUCAUCGACUUUGGCCAGUCUUUGAAGGAUCCUGCUGACCACACGGGUUCGGUCCUGACGACUCUGUGGUACAGAGCUCCAGAGAUGCUAUUGGGAGCUCCCUUCAAUGAAGCCAUUGACGUCUGGUCCCUGGGAUGCACGGCUGCAGAGAUUAUGAUGAACUCUGUGCUGUUUCGAGGCUUUGAUGAGUACGAUAUGAUAAGGCACAUCUACUACACAGUUGGAAAGGCUCCUGAACACAUGUUGUGCUCUGGCAUGUAUACUAAGGAUUAUCACACUUAUUCGUACACAGCCAAAGGAGAGCCUGUCUGGAUAUUUCCGUCAAGUCUUGUGGCGAGAAAUUACCCGCACACACUCAACAAGCUGAGUGACCUGCUGACCUACAAAGUGUCUCGUGAGCUCUCUGGAGAAGAUCUCCAGGCUGAUGAGUGCGACCGUGUGGUCUUUGUAGACCUACUCACAAAGACUCUGAAGGUGGACGGUGCUGAGAGACUCACACCAUCAGAAAUUCUCCAGCACCCUUUCAUAACCAUGAGCCACCUUGUUGGCACGUUCGAGCACAGCUCAUAUGUGAAGAAGGGCAUGGAGCUGAUAACUAUUUGUAAGAAUGUGAACUGUGAUGAUGAGGAAACCUCCAACUUCACUGCUGGCUCGGCCCACCAUGGAGGUCCUGAAGAGGGUCAUCCCGCAGAACUGGACCAUCUCAUCACUGGUGAAAACAGUUCUAAUAAGAGGAAGCGGGAUGGUGAAGAUGACAAAGAGCAUGGAAAAAGAAGCAAAAACACGACCCCCGAGAACAAGCAGCAGAGGACCGAAUCUGAAAAAGGAGAACAAAUUGAUACAGGAGAGAAAGCCUGUUCAUCCAAGUCCCUGCAGCAUAAAAGAAAGAGGGAUGAUGCAGAUGAUGCCACCCAACAUGAAGGUCCUAAAGAGGGUGAAAACAGUUCUAAUAAGAGGAAGCGGGAUGGUGAAGAUGGCAAAGAGCAUGGAAAAAGAAGCCCAAACACAACCCCUGAGAACAAGAGGAUGAGGACUGAAUCUGAAAAAGGAGCACAGGUCGAGAAAGGAGACAAAGCCUGCUCAUCACAGCCCCUACUGCUAAAAAGAAAGAGGGAUGAUACAGAUGAAGGCACAGCCUUCGAUUACAGCUCUCCAUCAAAUAAGAGGGGGGAUGUAAGCCUUAGCCAAGACCUGAUGGACAGCAUCAAAUACACAGGAGCCAUUGGGUCCUACUUCACUCGGGUCAGUCAACCCCAGAAGAGGGAGAGGGACGAAGAGGAAACUGCAGACUCCAUGAGAGUAAAAAGCUCCACGAUGAGAAGAGUGGCUGAAGAGGGGGCGAAAUCCGCUGACGGAUACUGUCUCGCAAAACACCGACGACACAACUGUCCUUUCAGUCUCACAAAGUGAAAAGCAUGAAUAAAUAAAAAUGAAGAGUUGAACUCUGA